AUGCCGUUCCUUCGCUCAUCGACACGACCUCGAGCAGUGGAGUGCUUCUUCUGCCUAUCCGCUUCGUUGUUACCGCCCUCGGGUCUCGUUACGAACCGUAAAGGCAAAGGUCGAGCGAGCGCCAAGUCGUUAGAGACGGAGUGGAAUUGGCACUGCGAUAGAUGCGGAUGUUGGAAUAUCAAGGACAAGAACGGUCAUAUGGUAUCCGACUUGCCCGCGAUGCACAAUUCCAACCUCAACCAGCAGUCCUUCUCCCUGAGAGCCCGCCCUUCAAGCUCACAUCUGCCUUCGGCCUCUGCUAGCGCUUCCCCCUGUUGUCAUUCCUGUCUAGCGAAUCAAACACUCAUCAUGAAUAUGCUGGCGAAUUACCUUCCUGACGACAGCGAUCCUUCAUUUCAUGCUCUCUACGCGGCGCUUCCGACGUAUAUCUCCAACCUCCACUCAAGAUAUCCCCCUGUCUGUCCAGAGUGUCAGCCCUCAGUCGAAGCUGCUCUCAGGAAGAGUGACCUCAAAGCCCAGACUGAGGCUUGGGGAUCUGCUCUACAACGUGGUACGGGACGACAUAGCGCUACGAGACAGGCCACCUAUGUGGGAUGGUUGGACGUAGUAGUAUGGAGAAUCAAAGGUGUUCUAUUCAUACUCGGAUGUGCUUUCAGCUGGGGACAAGGUAUCACGAGCGCUGCGAGGUCUCUGCGCAUGUACGAACAGACCCAUUACACUGGUCAUUCCCAUUUCAAUCACGUCGUCCUGGCGUAUCAUGUCUGCUCCGCUUUGUGGAUGACUUGGGAUCCCAAUUGGCUCUCAAGGUCACGGCAUCGACUGCGAACUUCAUCUUCGGGUCGCAGAAAAUGGAUCAUCUGCAUGUUCACUAUCCUGCUUCUGAGGAUCGCUGGAGCCUCAAGCUUCCUAUGGUCUCUUAAAACCCCUGUCGACGAUACGUUACGUACCAUAUGCGUCUCGCUUGAAAUGGCAAUCUUCAUUUACGCUCUUUCGUCCCUUCCUGCUGUCGGACCAGUCCCUUUGAAGCUCGUGCGACCAGUCCCCGUCCAAGUCCAUUCACCAACCCAUAACGCAACCCCUCCACCGGCUAUAGGAUCCCUCUCCCUGUCCAACGAUUCAAUCAAAGUUCACAAUCCAGUCUUUGGCAAAUCCUCAUUUGUGACGGAGACAGAAGAAGACCACGUCGAGAUGAUGGAUUGGGAGCCAGUCAAUACUUCCGGACAGACGCACGACCCAGAUCUGACACCGAUGCACGAACGAUCUGCCGGCGAUUGGGACACGUUUGCGACCGGCAGACAGAGCAUGUUCCCACGUCAAACCGAGGAGACUGGACUAGAAUCUCUUCUGGCGAGUUGGCGUAUCUCCAACUCUACCGAUGAGGGUAUUCACGGAGACGAGGCACAGGCGCAAAAGUGCGUCAUAGCGUAA